AUGGCCACCCCUAAGCAAAUCACCGAGAUGGAAGCAUCCUAUAAGAAACUCCAGAACAGCAAGGAAUGUAAUUCGUUACUGAAGAAAUAUCUCACGCGGAAAGUUCUCGACGAGGUUUCUGGCCGUCAGACGGCUAUGGGGGCUACACUUCUUGACGUCAUCCAAUCCGGCGUUGCCAACCUCGACUCCGGCUGCGGCGUCUACGCACCGGACGGGGAGUCCUACAAGACCUUUGCCCCUCUGUUUGAUCCUAUUAUCGAAGACUACCAUCAGGGAUUCAAGCCAAGUGCCAAACAGCCCCCGAAGAACUUCGGCGACCUCAGCGACCUUACCGAUCUGGACCCGGAGGGUCGAUUUAUCAUCUCCACACGCGUUCGCUGCGGCCGUAGCAUCGUUGGCUUCCCCUUUAAUCCCCUCCUGACGGAGCCCCAAUAUGUCGAGAUGGAGACGAUGGUGAAGGAAACCCUCGAGCAACUCGACGGUGAACUCAAAGGCAACUAUCACUCCCUUCUCGGGAUGACCAAAGGAACCCAACAGCAGCUGAUUGACGACCACUUCCUUUUUAAGGAAGGCGACCGCUUCCUGCAAGCCGCGCACGCUUGCGAGCAUUGGCCCGUCGGUCGCGGGAUCUUCCACAACGACAAGAAAACCUUUCUUGUUUGGGUUAACGAGGAGGACCACCUACGGAUUAUCUCCAUGCAGAAGGGCGGAAACCUCAAAGAGAUCUUCGGGAGGCUCAAGAAGGCGGUGGACACAAUUGAGAAGCGCAUUCCCUUCACACGAGAUGACCGUCUGGGUUUCUUGACGUUUUGCCCGACCAACCUCGGAACGACAAUUCGCGCGAGUGUGUUGAUUAAACUCCCCCACCUCUGUGCCGACCGCGCGAAGCUGGAGGAGGUGGCAAAGAAGUUUAACUUGCAGGUACGCGGUACCUCUGGUGAGCACUCCGAGAGCAAAGACGGCAGCUAUGAUAUAAGCAACAAACGCCGUCUAGGACUGACAGAGCACGAGGCAGUGCUGGAGAUGCAGAAGGGCAUUUUAGAGCUCAUCCGACUUGAAAAGGAGUAUAAAUAG